UCGAGUGUAGUAGAUUAAAAGGUGGCGUCGCUGGAUAGUUCAAUUGCGUCACAACGGUUUUUGUCUUAUUGGGUCAGGGUCCACAUUUAUUCAUUUUAACCCACGGGGAGUGACAUUCGUGAGGACAUGGAAAAGGCGAAAGAGGAUGCAUUCAACAAUGCAAGACUUGAGGUGAUCAAAGAUGGCUACAAGAGGGCCUUUGAGUGCAUCAACCAAGCACUGACGGCUGACGAAGCAGGAGACAAGCAUCAGGCGCUGGAGCUUUACAGGAAGGGACGGAAGCACCUCCUCAGGGGCAUUAGCGUGCCCUCGCAGGGGGGCGAGUGCGGCGGCAGCUCCUGGGAGUCAGCCCGGGAGAUGCAGCAGAAGAUGCAGGAGACCCUGGAGAACAUCACCACGCGCCUCGUUGUGCUGGAGACCGCCACCACUGAGACCGCCAUCUACCCACAACUCCCUGCCAAAGAUAAACAAGCAAAGGGACCCCCUGGAGGUACGCCUGUAUGCAGCGCUGUGGCUCUCGGGGACCAGCCACCGGCGUACUCCCCGCAAGCGGCCGAAGGCCACCUCUCUAUAUCGUACGGGACCGAGUCAGGUGAGCUGUCGCUGGUGGGCGACGACUUCUAUAGCCGGACGUCCAGCACGGCGUCGUCCCCGCAGAGCAUGGGCGAGGAUGCCGAGGAGCUGCUGUGCAUCCCACAAGGGGUGCAGAUAUUCUUUGUGACCCCCGAUGGGCACGUGAGCGCCCCGUCGUACCCGGGCUACCUGCGGCUGAUCAGGUUCACCAAUGAGCACCCUGAUACAACGCCUGGCAGACCACCAGCAUUUCUGCAGGUGUGCGACUGGCUGUACCCGCUCAUGGCGGCGAACUCGCCGGCCUUGCUGUGCAACACCGGCGUGUUUAUGUUCCCCGACAUGAUGGCGCCGACGCCAGGCCACUUUGUGGGCGUGGUCCUAUCCUCCGAGCUGCCCGCCGCUGACCGAGAGCUGUUCCGGGAUCUGCUGGCUCAGAUGACAGACCUCAGAGUGCAGGACGCAGACGAGGCCGCCGAGCACGUGAAUCUCAGCAACAAAGUGUCCAUCGCGACACCCGUGGAGGAGCCGACUGAGGAGGCGACAGCAGCGGCGGCGGACGACAAAAAUCUGCCCGUGUGGAGCGAGAAGGUGGCCAACGGGAUCCUGACAGGCGCAUCCUGGUUGAGUUGGGGUCUGGUCAAAGGAGCCGAGUUCACGGGCAAGGCCAUUCACAAGGGGGCGUCCAAACUGCGAGAGCACAUCACGCCGGAAGACAAGCCGGCGCACGUCAGCCCCACCGUCACCAAAGGCCUCCACGUUGCCAAGCAGGCCACGGGCGGGGCUGUCAAAGUCAGCCAGUUUCUAGUGGAUGGCGUGUGCGCUGUGGCCGGCUGUGUGGGUCGGGAGCUGGCGCCGCAUGUCAAGAAGCACGGAGGCAAGCUCAUUCCAGAGUCCAUGCGCAAAGACAAGGACGGGCGCUCCAAUAUCGACGGGGCCAUGGUGGUGGCUGCCAGUGGAGUGCAAGGAUUCGCCACCAUGUGGACGGGUUUGGAAGUGGCGGCCAAGAACAUCACAACGAGCGUGGCCUCCGAGACGGUCACCACGGUGAAACACAAGUACGGCGCGGCGGCCGGGCAGGCCACAGACAACGCCGUCAACUCUGCCAUCAACGUGGGCGUCACCGCCUUCAACAUCGACAACUUGGGCGUCAAAGCGGUGGUGAAGCGGACGGGCAAGAAAACGGCGCAGGCCAUCCUGGAGGACUAUAAGCUUCAGGACAGAGCUGACAUGCAAAAACAAGUGGAGAAAUCCAGCAAAUAGCCCAAACCCCCUGUCCACCGUCACCCACUCUUGCCUUAAAUAAAAUUCUAGAAAUAUUUGUGCUUUUAUUUAUAUAUAUAUAUAUAUAUAUAUAUAUAUAUAUACUAAUGGUUUUCAUACCUAAAUUAUUAACAGGACUUUGAUGUAGAGAUUUUAUUGUGAAAUAUACGUAAUAUAUAUUGUACUAUUCUUUUAUGAGUCAAAGUAAAGUCACAGCUUUUACUUUCUUUUAAAUGCAUAACCAUCUUUCAUUCUUUCAACGUAUCACUGGAGGAAGAGUUUAUUUUUCCUAAUGCUCUUAAUACAUUUUGUUUGACUGCAGUUCAUUUUAAGUUCCUACUACUGAUCACUGUGUCUAUAACUACUGCCUUUUUUGAAGCAAUCAAUUAAUAUUUUUAAACCAAAGAUGAAAUGCUUGUCAUCUUUAGUCAAUAGUAAUGUCCAAAGGUUAUUCCAAAUUUAAAUAUUGUUUUAUAUGACGUAGAUGUUAAUUCCAGGUGUGCACAUAUUGAAUAUGUACAAAUGAAAUGGUCUAAAACCUCCUCUAUACAUACCAAAUUGUAUGCAAGACUAGAAAACCUUGCAAUGUUGUUGAUUAACUUUGGACAUUUUAGUCGAGCUGCUUAAUGAGCAAAUUGUGAAUUUUUUUUGUAACCUUUUCCCUGUCUGUGAGGAGGAUAAGUGGAUUGUGCCUUUUCCAACCAACUAGGCAUGCGCGGUGUAAUGAAAUAACUGCAUCGCCUUGGGUCAAUACACAAAUGCUGAUGUUCCUAAAAGAUGCAAGUAAAACAUUUUACCUUUUUGGGA